UAGUAGGCCAUGCCUAUUACUUUUGUACGUGUCAUUUAUGGAUUUGCCGAAACUCAAAUCUGUCUUAGCAAACCUGCUUUGCAAUUUACAUCCUCCUCUCAUCCUUUCUAUAUAAACCUCAUCCGCAGUCUGCACUGUGUGUUGUGCGUGUUUUUCCAGUCCGAUUCCCAAAAAAGUUAAGGUCCGGUUUUGUCUUCGAAAAUGGUAGCAAAAAUGAAGAAGGUAGAGAAAAAUGGUGGUACAGAGGCUGCCUCCUCUGAUUCACUGUCACGCCGUGGAAGUUUCAUUAUACCAUCCUGGCUUCUUUGCACAAUUGCUGAUUUGGAUGAGAGGAUGAAGAUGCUGAUAUCGAAAAUCCCUAAAGAAGACAGUGCUGAUAGUUUUGCAGAAAGGGCCAAUGCCUACUAUCACCAAAGGCCUCAGCUGCUGGCAUUGCUUCAAGACUUGUACAACGACUACCUCUCUUUGGCAGAUCGUUAUUGCAAAUCACUUGCCAAGAACACUCAUCGACGUAGUAGUCGUUCUUCACCCUCGAAUUUCGAUGAAAAUGAACGGUCUGAUCAGGGAGACCCGGGGGAAGUCAUUGAUUCGGACACAGCAAGUACAUUAUCUUUUCAGCUUCCUUUUCCACUUCCAGCCAAAGUGGACGUCGAAAUGCUAUUAGCCGACAUGGUUAUGAACUUGGUGGACUACGAGAUUCUAUCGAACGAGCUUAGUGUUGCAGAGAAGAGGUCUAGCGAAUCAGAAAGGAAGAUAGAGCUACAGAAGAACUUGUUGGAUGUGCUCGAGUCGGAAAGGUCAAUACUACUGAACGAUAAUGCGACGUUGGGAUACAGAUUGUCUGCAUUGGCAGAAGAAAACAAAGGGUUAGUAUCAGAAUCUCUGUUUAUGAAGAGGAAGGCUGCCGAGCUAGCAAGGUGUCUAUUGAAGACGAGGGAGGAUCACAGGGUAUUCGUGCUGAGUCGAAAGAUUGAAGAUCUGCAGGGGCAGAUAUAUGGAUUGGAGAAGAGAAAUAAAGAGUAUUAUGAACAACUUGUUAAACAAGAUGAAAAGAAGAACAAGGGUAAGAAAACGAAUGGCAAGACUAAAGAUCAGGUGAGUUUGGAUGACUGCUUUAAAGUGCGUGCAAGUGCAGCUGCCAAUGUGAAGAAAGACUUCAAGCAUCAAGAUGGUGGUGUUGAAGGUGCAAGAGCUUCCAGGUUGUGGAAUAGAGUCAAGAAAAUGGAUCUGUUCAGUUGUGGGCCUCACUUAAAUUCUAGUAACAGCCAAGACAAGUAAAGCUAUUCAAAAAUUACCAGAUGAUAGUAUAUAAUAGCACUGUUUAGCAAUUUCCUAUGUUAUAUUCUUGUCACUAGUCGAGCCUUCGGCGUGAAAAACUGUCAAAUUUUAUGACAGGAAUCAUAGUACAUGUUUCGUCAUGUUUGUUUUCUUAAAUCCUAUGUAAGAAAACAUCUAUUAAAGCUGCAUAUUUCUUUUCAUCAAUUACAUUAACAUACUUGUA